GCAUAUACGUAUGGUGUAUGAACUAAAACAGUUAGUCAGUGGACAGUGAGUCUAGUGUGCAGAUCGCCUCCGAAGCAGCGGCAUUAAAUAGGAACUACAAAUAAUGAAGACAAUGCUGAAUUUAAAAAGAAAUAACUAGAAUGUUGGUGACUCACUGAAUUGUCCAAGUGUUGACAAUUACCAGCUGAAAGAAAAUGGCCGCCUCCAUUCACAAGUGGACGGUCCGUUUCUUCCUCGUGUUUUUGAUCUACCCAUCAGCCAAUGCUCGCAGAGGACACUUUGACUGGACAGAGUUGGCAGACGAGAUCGCUCAUCAGCAAUGGUGUGGCACAAUUGAUUAUUGUGGUUUUCGCAAUCAGCCGGACGAUCUUGCUAUAACGGAAUCAUCCGCUAACGAAGGACAGCGCAAGAUGACUGUACGAAAACCGAGCGACAUGAAAGAUAUCCAGUUUUUGAAGACGGCAUGCCAUUGCGAUGAGGAAUGUGAUAGUUAUGGCGAUUGCUGUUACGACGUGUUGCUGGCCAACGUCGGCAAGAAUAACAUCUCAGACGAAGAGUUUGAGCAAAAUUCAUUGGCUUGUUUACCUCUGAGGUUCAAAGAUAACGACUACAAGCUCGACGAAAAGUUCCAUAUUUACAUGAUCGACGCUUGCCCAUCCACUUGGGUUGAAGACGAUGACGAAUCUCUACCGGCGUUGUGCCGAAAAAAUCCUAAUCAAUUAGAUUAUACUCAUCUGAUGGAUAUACCCGUCUUGUCUCUCGAAACCAAUCGAACCUACGCCAAUGUUUUCUGCGCCCGGUGCCACUCUGACGCUAACCGCCUGGCCAGCUGGAAUGUUUCAGUCGAAUGCAAUGUUGAUAUCAACACUUCCAACGUCACUAGGGCGCAAAUGUUUCGCCAAUCCAAUUAUCAGCCAGGAUUGCGACAAUGGGCGUUGGUGGUGAACGAACACAAUGGAGAAGAUGAACACGAAGGCGCUCAGACCACCAUUCGAUGCAAUUUAGUGGUCGACGAAUUCCGAAACUUUACACAUUAUCUUAAGUCGACGGGCAGCAGGAGAUGCAUACCAAAAAUAGAACAUUGCGCCGAGGACUGGGCCAAUCCAUCUGACAAAAUUAAAUGCCAGUCCUAUACCUUUCUAGUCCAGGAAAAACCCCAAUCAUUAUACCGUAAAUCGCGAGUGUACAAGAAUCCUCACUGCGCCAAGUGUAAUCACGUCCCGCAUAAUGAGACCGUUUGCUUUUCAGCGCUAGCCGUAGAUAAAUUCCGCGUCGGAUUUGGAAACCGUAAUCGCUAUUCGUUUUCGAUGUUGAUCGAUUUCGAUUUCGGCGGCGGUGGAGGCGGAAAGGUGGAUCACGUUUGUGGACCGAACGAAAUCUUUGAUCGGUUUCACGAGCGCUGUCACGCAGUUGUUUGCGGAGCGACGUUCGUCAACGAAGCGGGGACCUGCGUACGCAAGUCUGAACUGGAAAACAACUGGCCAACAGCUGGAACUUGGCUGAAUUCUUCAUGCCAGCGUGUAGUUCUAAUGGAGAACAUCGACUACAUCCAGCUGGAAAACGGUUCCCUCAUUUUGAACGCUAGUGGCAAAACCCUCCAGCCGGCCGAAUACGAACCGAACCCAGGCGGACAAAACGUCACCGUUUGCGCGGACGACAAUCAACCGGACUCGUAUUUUAAAUAUUCGGUUGGCCAGCGUUAUUUGUCUGAUAUUUGCCUAGCCAUCAGCGUCGGCUGUCUUGCUCUUCACAUCGCCAUCCACAUAGCCCUGCCCAAAUUGCGCAAUUUGCCCGGCAAGAAUUUGCUUUCGCUCUCUUGCGCCCUCUUCGUGGCCCAGCUGCUUUUCUUGACGGGCAUCGGACUGCGUGACGUCGUCGGGUACGCUUGGUGCGCCUUCCUGGGCGUCGCAACGCACUGGUUUUACCUGGCCGCUUUCUUCUGGAUGAACAUCAUGGGCUUCGACAUCUGCCGGACGUUCACAGGAUCGUUGACCCGCAAUCGUGGAAUGCCAGGUCGUGGCCAGCGAUCGACCUUCAUAUUCUACUCGUUGUACGCCUGGGGUUUCCCAACCAUCGUCGUGUCCCUCGGCCUGAUGCUGGACUUUACCGAUUUGGUGGACGAUUACGCACCUGAAUACGGUUACCGAGUUUGCUGGAUCUCAAACAAGGCCGGAUUGGGUGUCUUUUUCGUCUUGCCCGUCGCUGUUCUCUUGCUGGAAAAUUUGAUCCUCUUCAGUCUGACUGUGUUCUCCAUCAUCAAACAGAGACAAGCUGCUCAAUUCGCAGUUGAGAAAAAUCAAUCGUAUCGGGCAGCGAACGAGACCAAAACGAUGACGGAGAGGCUUCAACCUCCUUCGGGUCCAUCGGCCCCGCUUCGUCGUAAUAGCGCCGUAAACAACAAGCAACAGAUCCGUUUCAUCCUUUACAUCAAGUUGGGAUUAAUCAUGGGGCUGGGAUGGAUUUUUGGAUUCGCUGCGUCCCUGGCCAAAGUGCCCGUCCUUUGGUACCCGUUCAUCUUCUUCAACGCUUUGCAAGGCGCCUUCAUCUUCUUCGCAUUCUGCUGUAAGCGCAAAAUCUAUUUCAUGGUGUACCAAUGGGCUACCAAACGACCGCAUCCGUCUGAUUCAUCGUCCAGCAGCCGGGCCACUGCUAGCACCUGCAAGCCCAGCAUCAGCACUCACAAGUCGAGCAUCGCUACGCCUAGUAGCACAACGGCCGAAUUUGAAAGUCAAUCAAAUCGGACCAGCGUCGUCCAACGGGAUAAUCAAACUCCGCCUUCGCUAUCGGCUGAACUUCUUCUGCCACAAGUGAACGCCGUCGAAAUCGUACGUCGUUGGGUCACUUCGGCUUCACCGAUCAGCCGGGCCAAACGAAACCUGCCUCGCGUUGUCGUCACCAAACAUUUCGUCAACGAUGAUGAGUUUCAUUCGUAUCCGUUUGUCAACAAGGAAAGCCCCAAAUCUCACCUUUUCGUUCAGAAUAAUAAUCACGCAGCGUUGCUUAAGUGCUGACAACUCAUCGUCUACUGUUCAAACCACUGGCUUUAAUUGGCAAUGAAGAAGAGGAAUCAAUUCAAGUUGGAGGCGUUUGAUGAAUGCAGGGUCAAGGAGUCAUUGUUAUGUGUUUAUCGUCCAUAUUAUCGAAUGGAAAAACAAAUGUUUCUCUUUUAAAUGUUCAGCAUUGCAUGCGUUUACAUUACGAUAUGUUAUAUACCACGGUUUUUUUUUCUCCA